AUUCUGCCCCCUUCCUGCACACACAUACAAGAGCUGCCAGUUUCCACAGAGACUAACUUGCCUGUGUGUCUUCAGCGAAACUGGCGGAAACCCAGAGGCAUCGACAACAGGGUGCGGAGAAGGUUCAAGGGCCAGAUCCUGAUGCCCAACAUCGGUUAUGGGAGCAACAAGAAAACCAAGCACAUGCUGCCCAGCGGCUUCCGCAAGUUCCUCGUCCACAAUGUCAAGGAGCUGGAGGUGCUGCUGAUGUGCAACAAAUCUUACUGUGCUGAGAUUGCUCACAACGUGUCCUCUAAGAACCGAAAAGCCAUUGUAGAAAGAGCAGCACAGCUGGCCAUCAGAGUCACCAAUCCCAACGCCAGGCUACGCAGCGAAGAAAAUGAAUAGAUGGCUUGUGUGCAUGUUUUAUGUUUAAAUAAAAUCACAAAACCUGCCAUCGUA